UUCAUACACCUGCCCAUGUCCGGUGGUGGAAGAGGUAGGUCUGUGUAGGCCUAUUCACAUCCUGGGAAGUAAAAGAAGCAAUAUACCUCAACGUGAAAAUACUCAGGUGACUGACAGCGAAACCGUACAUGCUCUCUGCACACACACUCAGAUUGCGUGCAUCUGGUGGGAAGACGUCGGCACUGUGACUGCUGCAGCGCAUUGCGAUGCAGAGAGGGAGAAGAAGGAUGCGAUGCCUGUUUGAGCUGCUGCACGCCUGAAGAAGCCCACAUCAUCCACAGCAGCAGCAGCAGCAGCAGCAGCAGAGGAUCCUGUCAGAGUGCAGGGAGGUUUCUGCUGGAGUUGAUGCGCACACCUCUGGAGGAGGGCCUGAGGUGUCUCUCCGCAGCGCCGCAGCUUUUUCAGAGGGAUAUACCGUCUCCGAUACGUGACCAAAAGCUGCCCUGGCUCUGGAUCUGAGAGGGAGGGUGGAGGGGGGGGGCUCCUAACGCGGCACCCCGCCCGACCAGCCUCAUCUGGACUGCAGGGAUAACGACCUAAACCGUGAAACCACCGGAGCCAGGUGUUGGCGGUGGCAGCACUGUCAUCAUCCAUCCAUCCAUCCAUCCAUCCAUCCUGCACACCGCUCUCCUCCUCCUCCAGCUCCGCAUCCUCUGCGCCAAAAGAUUCCCCUCGCCGUUGGAUAACAUGAAAUGAAAGUGGCAAAGAAUCUGACUGUUGUUGGAUAUCUUCUACUUCAACAGUUCUGUUAUGAUCCAAGGACCAGACGGGCCGAUAACAGGAGCCUCUGUGGAGAAGGAAUCGACGCAUUAUUUCUGAAGCUCCCACAUGUUUCCAUCCUCUUCAGACCAGCUCUCGUCGUUUAGACGUGAGGGGUUUAAGCUGAGUCCAAUCAGUAAAAUGCGUCUUCAUUUUGACGACCAGCCCAAUCGAUAAGAAGUCUCCUACCAUCUCUGCCUCUUCUCGGGCCUCCUCAUCAACUGUUUUCACUUCUCUUACUGUCUCUACCAAUCGCACAACAUGCGUCCUUCCCUCGCCACGGCGGUUUUGGCGCCCAAGACCCGUUCCCACAAUCCACCCAACCUCACGGUGGCGGGCCGUGAACACGUGGCAGCUCCACGAAGGCGCAGCCCCCACCUCCGACACACCCUCAGCCCGGAGAACCUGCGAACUCUGGCGGAGAGGGGCGGGGCUGUCGCCGACACCGCCUCCGUUAUCAGCAGCCCCAUCGGGCUUCCGCGGGCUAACAGUGACACAGACCUGGUGACCUCCCACAGCAGGUCCUCGCUAACGGCGUCCACUCUGGAGUACACGCUGAACCGCGGCCAGAACCUCGUCAUAUCCUGGGACAUCAAGGAGGAAGUGGAUGCUACCGACUGGAUCGGGCUGUACCACAUUGAUGAAACCAGUCCGUCUAACGUGUGGGACUGUAAGAACAGAGGGGUGAAUGGCACCCAGAAGGGUCAGAUCGUUUGGAGGCUGGAGUCCGGGGCCUACUUUAUGGAGCCUGAGACUAAGAUCUGCUUCAAGUACUACCAUGGAGUGAGCGGAGCCCUGAGAGCCACGACCCCCUGCAUCACUGUGAAGAAUCCCACAGUUCUGGCGGAGGGCCUGGCAGAGCAGGUGGGCAUCGAACAUCCACGGAAACUGAUCAGCUUUACUUUGACAGAUCUGCGUGCCACCGGCCUAAAGAAGGGCAUGUUUUUCAAUCCGGACCCAUACCUGAAGAUGUCCAUCCACCCAGGGAAGAGGAGCGUCUUCCCCAUCUUCAGUCACCACGGACAGGAACGACGAUCAGCCAUCAUCGCUAACACCACCAACCCCACCUGGCAUGGAGAGAAAUACACGUUUGUAGCACUAAUGACGGACAUCCUGUACAUCGAGGUAAAGGACAAGUUUGCGAAAAGUCGACCGAUAAUCAAACGCUUCCUCGGACAGCUAACUAUCCCCGUGCAGCGACUUAUUGAAAAAAUACCCGGAGUCCAGCCUGUGAGUUUCCCCCUAUGUCGGCGCCUGCCUACUGAACACGUAAGCGGCCAUUUGCAGUUCAAAGUGGAGCUCACCUCGACUGGGCCUGAUGGUGCCUCUCCCGAGUCUAUCAUUGGCAUUUCAUCCUUGAAUGGAGCUCCAGGGACCCCAUCCGAUGAUGAAGACCUGCCCCAUCAUCUUCCAGGAGUGGUCUCUUCAGGCCCUUCUCCUACCGGCUCCCAGGGCUCCCAGAGCUUGUGGGAAGGCGGGGCCACGGCCUACCCAGAAAAGGACCUGCCUUUCGUUGGAGCUGGGGCUAUAUUUAUGGAGCAUGAAAGCCUGUCAUGCCAUGAAAUGCUCCAGAGGUCACUCAGCGAGGGCCUGGCUGCUAUCGAGGCCCCCAAAGGCCCUGGCGAAAGACCCCUGGGUGCGGCCUCACCUAAACUGCGCUCCAGCUUCCCCACACACACAAGGCUCAGCGCCAUGUUGCACAUUGAUUCAGACGAGGACGACGAAAGGUCCUUGACCAAUGACAUCAUUCCAGUGCCGCUGUCACCGCUGCUGAUGAACGGAGAACCUCCAGACGUCGACGGCCCAGAUGAAGACGACCCGUUUCCCGAGUUCCAUCUAGAGCCGGAGCAGCUGGAGCCCUCAGUGCUGGAGAGGGACCCCGGGGGUGCAGGCGGUGUGACAGAAGAUGUGAUCCCCGAGGCAGAGGUUGCCCUGGAGAUGGCGGCAGGUCUGGACUUGGAGGAUGUUAUGGAGCCAGACGUUUUCUCCGAAGUGGACGAGGCUCCUUUCACACAGGCUGUGUCCCAUAAUGCUAUGCCAGAGGGUGAAGUGCAUGAGGAAGGAAGAGGGCCUGGUGAGGACCCUUCCUCAGAGAUUGACACCUGCUCCAUGGCAACAGCUCCACAGACGGUCCUCUCAUCAUCAGAGAGCUGUCCAAUCACAGUGACAACUGCUGUGGAAGCGGAGGCGGGAGCAGAGACGGCCAUAGAUCCAGGGGGAGACAGAGUUACCAGAACUCCACCAACCAAUCAAGCUGUAGACGAUGAAGGGGGUGGGCGAGCCGUCAUCACUGAGGCUGCAGGAGAAGCUCCCGCAGCCAGCGAGCCGGCGGUGGUCGAGGCGAUCAUUGUGAGGAGGCUGAGCCUGCAGGCUUCCGGGGGCGUGGCCGAAGAACAGGAAGGGGCGGAGACAAAGGCACAGGACGAGGCGGGCUCUGCUGAUUCCGAGCAAACAGAUGGAGAGGAAGGCUCUCACGUUAACGGCCAUCCUGUACGUUCCCUUCCUUCUGUGCGUCAUGACAUCCACCGAUACCAACGUGUGGACGAGCCUCUACCUCCCAACUGGGAGGCUCGGAUCGACAGCCAUGGGAGGAUCUUCUUCGUGGACCACGUGAACAGAACCACCACGUGGCAGCGACCCACCGGACCUCCGGCCCCACAGGGCCUGACCCGCUCCAACUCCAUUCAGCAGAUGGAGCAACUCAACCGCAGGUACCAGAGCAUCAGGAGGACCAUAACCAACAGUGACCGGACAGAGGAAGCCCCAGUUGACCUGCUUCCUGAACCAGAAAGUGAUCUGAUGCCUCACUCCAUUUCUGAAUAUCGACGAGAAAGUGCAGUCGCUCACACCAGUGGUCGCUCGCGUCUCUCCCUGCUCCUCCAGUCACCCAGCGCCAAGUUCCUGUGCAGCCCCGACUUCUUCACCGUGCUGCAUUCUAACCCUAGUGCCUACCGCAUGUUUACGAGCAACACCUGCCUGAAGCACAUGAUCAGUAAGGUGCGUCGGGACGCUCAUUACUUUGAGCGCUACCAGCACAACCGCGACCUCGUCACCUUCCUCAACAUGUUCUCCAACAAGCAGCUGGAGCUUCCCCGAGGCUGGGAGAUGAAGCACGACCAUACUGGGAAGGUGAUGUUUGACCUGCCCUUCUUUGUGGAUCACAACUGUCGUUCCACGACCUUCAUUGACCCACGGCUACCCCUCCAGAGUUCUCGCUCCACCGGGCUGUUGGCCCACCGCCAGCACCUGAGCCGCCAGCGCAGCCACAGUGCUGGGGAGGUGGUGGACGACUCUCGCCAAACCAACCCGCCCGUCAUGCCCCGCCCGUCCAGCACCUUCAGCGGCUCCAGUCGAAGUCAGUACCACGACGUGGUGCCUGUGGCCUACAAUGACAAGAUAGUGGCGUUUCUACGGCAACCCAACAUCGUUGAGAUCCUGGUUGAAAGGCAACCGGAGCUCGCCAGGAAUCACUCGCUUAAGGAGAAGGUGCAGUUUAUUCGCAGUGAGGGAGUCACUGGGCUGGCUCGUCUCUCUAGCGACGCUGACCUCGUAAUGCUGCUUAGCUUAUUUGAGGAGGAGGUGAUGUCAUACGUACCACCGCUACUCCACCCGAGUCACUGCCUCUCGUCUCCUCAGAGCUCCCCUGGCACCCAGCGAGCCAAUGCCCGCGCUCCUGCUCCCUAUAAGCGAGAUUUUGAGGCUAAACUGAGGAACUUCUAUCGAAAGCUGGAAACCAAAGGUUAUGGACAGGGACCGGGAAAAGUCAAGCUCAUUAUACGCAGGGACCACCUCCUGGAGGACGCCUUUAACCAAAUCAUGUGUUACUCCCGUAAAGACCUGCAGCGGAGUAAACUUUACGUCAGCUUUGUGGGCGAGGAUGGGCUGGACUACAGCGGACCCUCCAGAGAGUUUUUCUUCCUGGUGUCCAGAGAACUGUUCAACCCGUACUACGGCCUGUUUGAAUACUCAGCCAACGACACGUACACCGUCCAGAUCAGCCCCAUGUCUGCCUUUGUAGACAACCACCAUGAAUGGUUUCGCUUCAGUGGGCGUAUCCUGGGCCUGGCUCUCGUCCACCAGUACCUGCUGGACGCCUUCUUCACCCGACCCUUCUACAAGGGGCUUCUUCGCAUCCCCUGUGACCUGAGUGACCUGGAGUUCCUGGAUGAGGAGUUCCACCAGAGUCUGCAAUGGAUGAAGGACAAUGACAUCGAAGACAUGCUGGACCUCACCUUCACUGUCAAUGAGGAGGUCUUUGGACAGAUUACAGAGAGAGAGCUGAAGCCAGGCGGGGCUGGUAUCCCUGUGUCAGAGAAGAACAAGAAGGAAUACAUCGAGCGUAUGGUCAAGUGGCGUAUAGAGCGAGGAGUGGCCCAGCAGACGGAGAGCCUGGUCCGAGGCUUCUAUGAGGUGGUGGAUGUGCGACUGGUGUCGGUGUUUGACGCCAGGGAGCUGGAGCUGGUGAUCGCAGGCACUGCAGAGAUCGACCUGGCAGACUGGAGAAACAACACAGAGUACAGAGGAGGUUACCAUGACAACCACAUAGUGAUUCGCUGGUUCUGGGCAGCUGUGGAGAGGUUCAACAAUGAGCAGAGGCUGAGACUGCUGCAGUUUGUGACAGGCACCUCCAGUAUUCCCUACGAGGGAUUCGCCUCUCUACGGGGCAGUAAUGGACCCCGCAGAUUCUGUGUGGAGAAGUGGGGAAAAAUCACCUCCUUACCCAGGGCUCACACUUGCUUUAAUCGUCUGGACCUCCCACCGUACCCCUCCUUCUCCAUGCUCUACGAGAAGCUGGUCACUGCUGUAGAGGAAACGAGCACGUUCGGUUUGGAGUAACCUCGAAUCAGUUCACACCCAGGUUUAACUUGGGAGAGAGAAGCAUCUGGAAAUCCACCUUUCUCACUUGGCAUGGGAAAUAAAACUAAUAUCCUCAAAUGGCAACUAACCUCCCCAGUGGACAACUCUGCUGUUUUUUUGUUUGUUUUUUUCCAACUGGCUUUUCAUCACUCAGCAGCACUCGGGCAUCGUUCCGAUUCUCUGCCUUUCUCUCACACAUCUAAUAGGAGUCAGUCAAGUGAACACAUGGAAGAAAGGCUGAGAAUCGGAGAAUGCUUUGAAAAGCUGUACAGUACAAUUUCUUGUUUUCAUGGUUACCUUUGUUCAUUGAGCCACAUGUGUGCUUUAUCUCUUCAGUUAAUGGCCUUGUUUACUGGAUUUCUUGCACCUUCCCUCCUCCUCCUCCAAACCUGCACCCACCUGCACCUCAGAGACAGCUGCUCAAAAGCCACUAAGCUCCCCUCUCCCUCUCUGGACCUCUAAACUGUGUCUUUUCUGCACUGGGGCUGCAACCUUAUGAACUAUAAUACACACACACACUUAUCACCUUUGCACAACACACACACACACACACAUCAUGUGACAUUUUGGUUGUAUUGAUGGUGCAAACCAGUGUUUCCCCCAGGAUUUUUUUAUCAGCAUCGAAAGAUGUGACAUUUUAGACUUAGAACUGGAUGUUGGCUGGUUCUCCUGCCUGGUCUGAGAGCAGGGGAUACACUAGUAUGCACAAAUACAUACACACACACACACACACACACACACACACAUAGAUAAUCAUACGCAAAUUGCAUAAAAACAGUUGUUCUAAGGCUGAAAAUACACUUGUUUUCACAGUUUUUAUUUCUGAGUAAGCUGGACAAUGAGUAACAAAUCAUCAGUGACACCUAUGGACAGUGUCGUUGACCCAUUGUGACAAUGAUGGCAGGUUCUGGUCACUACUGUUACCUUCAAUACUGCAACAUCAGAGCUCUUACAUGGGCACGGAAGGCAAAGACACAUCCGAGACAUGCAGCCCUGUUUCUGCAUAUACUCAACAAGGUAUCCAAUAUCACACACACACACACACGCACACAUGCAUACGAUAUUACAGCAUUAGCCUUGAUGCUGUGGGUGCACUUUCUUACAGUGUAACAGAUGCACUCACUCCACUAUCCAGAUACAUUUGUUGACACUUCAGUCAGAUAAGAAGUGCAGGUUUCCUGUCUUUCAAACGGUUCCACACAUUUAUCACGAGCAAUAGAUGCACUUUCUCACACAGACAGAUGACGUACGACACACAAGGUCCCUCUCACUGAUGUAAUACCCUCCCACCCUAUGAAAGUGAUGAAUGUACCAAAUAUGUGACUGAAUGUACGGACCUCAAGCAACUCUGUUCGAUAUGAGGACGAUUUUCACGAAACACAAAGUGGAGGGAAAGCAAAUCAAACGUGACAAGUCUGCUUGAGGAAGGAGGACGCGCUUCACUCUGAUGUUGGCACCGGAUUUGGCCGUGUUGGCUGAAAGACAUUAGCCUGGUGUCACCCAGGUACCUGGUCAGGGUGAUCUUUUUAGUGCCUCUUGGGUUUUCCUGACCAUAAAGAGAAAUUUCAUAAGGGAAUCUAUUUUAUUUCCUUGUAAAAAAAAUUGCCCAGAUCCAUGUGUCUCACAAAUCAAAGAUGGUGAAUCUUAAGAAGCUGCAAUUUAAAUUCCUAAAAAACAGAUAUCAACACCAGAGGGCAGCAAAGUGUGCUGUCAUUACUAUGGCACCUUAAAAUCAAGGAACCAGUGAUUUCCUCCUUUCUGAAUGACUUGACCAGGAUCGAUGAUGACGUUGUCGGGAACAAGCGCCAGCCUUUAGGGCUGUAUGGAUGUUAUACUUUAGAACCUUUGGCAUAUAAGUCCAUGCCAGGCAAUAGCUUUGUCUUGAAAGCAUGUGAUAAAACAUUUCUCCAACUGUUAAGUGCACGACCCAGACCCCCUGAGGACUCUUUCACUCAGUCUCACACACUUUCUUAUAUGCACACAGAAACACACACAUACUCGUUUUCUAUGGGGUGCAUGCAAGAUUACACCUACUGUACAGAGUCCUGUUGGAGCUACACCACGGGGGCUGGAAUAGCGCUGGAGAGCCCCACAUGAUGAUGCGAGAUGUGGAGGCAGACUUUCCUAUCCCAGCCCCACCCCCAACCCUCCUCCCGGUCCAAUACUGCAUGCGGGAUCUUCCCGGUCAGCUCUGUGAGCUGUGCUGGGGCAGAAACCCCUAGAUGGCGUUGUGUUAUAGCUCGAUAUUGCAUGCUGAAAUAGUGCAACACACUGUCCUUACUAGCUUUUUUUGCAUGAGGAUAUUGCUAUCCAUUCAGAAAAAGGGGUGAGGGAGCUGGUCAAGUUGUGUCACUUUGGUUGUGGCGCUCACUUGAGGCAUGCGGCCUUAUGCUUACCUGGCACUGUCAUACCUUGAGUGUUAAGCUCAUGGGAACGAGGUGUGGUAAAUAGGUGCUUUAGUCACUAAGUUUUAGCUCUGGGAAUGGACGAUGUGCGAAUGCAGUAGUUUGAUUUCUCUAUGACAGUGUGAUGGCGAGCAUCUCGGCAGCAUGUUUCAAAAGUGUUGUUACUUUCACAUGUGCGUGUCUGCCUAUCUUAGUAAUAGGUCGAUGGUUAUGGUUCAUUGCUCAUGAACCAGUGGUGAAUCAAUAGGGCUGUUUUGAUUUUGUGAAACGUGAGAGCACAUGUUCGUGUACCAUGUGUGCGGUCCUGUUCGUCUCUUUGUAUAUAAAUGUAUAUGUAUGUCUGUCCUGUUGUGUGUAUAAAUAUAUAUUUUGCACCGAAUGUACCAAAGGUUUGGGGCUUGCAAAGUCAACCAUUAGGCCUGCUCUCUAUUUCUGUCUAACAAAAACACAUCCCACUUCUGGCUUCAGCCAAAUCCUUACAGAGCAUCACCUCAUGUUUGCUUGAGGGGCAGAUUUGUGGCAUGGGCAACAACGCUUCACGUUAGGGAUAUACAUUCACUUGGGUCAGAUUGACGUUUUCCAUAAUGAGGCUUUUCUGCAGCAGGAGACUGGUAAGAUUGAUGACUUGCUUCACAUCCAAACGAAGACAGUUGCACCUCUCGUCUCUCCUAGUACAUUUCUGACAGGACACGUCUCCGGUUUUCAGAAUUCCACUCUAUGCAAAGCUCCUGUAUGUGUGUCUCCAUUUCACCCCAAUGAUUGUAAUAAAAGAGAACAAAUGGCAAAUUUUGA